AUGGGUGCAUUAGGCUUAGGUUCUGCUUUAGCAAAUUGCAUUAAUCUCUCAAAUUUGACACUUAACCUUGAUGAAAAUUAAAUUGGAGAUUAAGGUGCAUCAGGCUUAGGUUCUGCUUUAGCAAAUUGCAUUAAUCUCUCAAAUUUGACACUUAACCUUGAUUGGAAUCAAAUUGGUGAUGAAGGUGCAUCAGGCUUAGGUUCUGCUUUAGCAAAUUGCAUUAAUCUCUCAAAUUUGACACUUAACCUUGAGUAAAAACAGUUUAUUUGUUUUGGAUUGUGA